AUGGCUGGAGGGAGUGGGGCAAUAAACAGGAGUGUUGGUUCAAUACCUGAAAAUUCACAUAUACAUAUAAGGAUAGAAUAUUUUAUUGAAUUAAAAAGAAGAAACUUCAUUAGAAUGUCAAUGGAAUAUACAGUCUUAGACUCUUCAAUUUCUUCUCAACGUUAUUCAUCUAAUAAACAGUUUAUAAAUGAUAAUCAAAGUAAUUUGAUGAAUAAUUUCAUAUCUGAUAUAUAUUCAUCUUCAUUAUUUGAACAAUUCCCAUUUUCUAUGAAAAAUUUUCCAUCAACAGGAUCACCUUUACCCUCCAUCUCCCCUAAUCCAUUAUCAUCAUUCCCAUUAUCAUCAAUAACAGUCAGAAAAUUAUCAAAUAUGGAAAUAAUUCAAGAAAAUGACAUACAUAAUGUUAACCUUCAAUUAAACCCUAGUAAAUAUAAAUUACCAUUAUUAUCUACUCAUCAACUAACAGAUAAUCAUAUACAGUCAAUAUCAACAACCGAGACAAAUAUUCCAUCAACUUCUAUCACAUUAAUAAAUUCCUUAAAUAAAACACAAUCAAAUGAGUCUAAUAGAUCAAUAAUAAAAAGAACAAAAGCAUAUCAAAAUAUAUAUCAGAAAUCAACUAAAGAUUGUAAUGGAUGUAAUCAACCAAUCUUUGAAAAAACUUACCUUGGAUUAUCUGAUGGACAAUCAUGGCAUAUGAAUUGUUUAAAUUGUAAUACAUGUGGAAAGUGUUUAGAUAAAGAGACUAGUUGUUUCAAUAGAUAUGGACAAAUUUAUUGUCGUAAAGAUUAUGAACACAAUCAUAAUAAUAAUAAAGUCAAUACUAAUCAAGAGGCAUUUUGUUCACUAAUUAUAUUACUGAUUAAAACGUAUACAUUUAUGCACUCACAAAUGGUUGUCAAGAAUGAACGAAAUAAAAAAAGUGACUAUCGGUUAAAUGAUUUAAAUGGAUCUUUAAAAAAAAAUUAA